CAAUAUUGUUUCACAAGGUAACAGGUACUUGAUUUUGGUUCAUAAGGCCGAUUUUUGAUUUGUUGCAUCUCUUUCCUGCUAAAAUUCACUAUUUUUAUCACGUGUUUCCCAAAAAAACUAUACAACAAUAAGUUAUACACCCCAUUACAUUAUCAAAUUUCAUACCUCACCUUCCUCUAGGGAUGAAAACAAAAUCCGAACCCACGGGUACCCACCCUACCCAACUCGGUCAACGCGGGUAAAAUCCGUGUUGACGGGUUUUGGGCCGGGUUUGGGUUUAAACCCGUUCAAUAUUCAUCGGGUUGGGUUGGGUUUAGGUAAACCCGACCCAUGGGUACCCGCCCACACCCAUAUAAUUAAUUUUCUCGAUAUAUUUAAUAUUCUAAACAACUUAUCUUAUUUAUGUUUGUGGAGACAUGUCUAAUUUUUUAUUUCUAAUUGUGUAGAAUGAAGUUGAUGUUAUCGAGUGGAGAGUGAAGAAACUUAAUUGAAAGGAAGAAGCUUUCAAUUAAUCAUGUUAUUUAUGGAUAAUUUGUUAUUUGCUUGAAUUUUCUAGAAUGGUAUUUUAUAGGGUUAAUUGCAUGGUUGGUCACUGAAAUUUCAAAAAACGUUCAAGUUUGGUCACUCAAAAUAUUUAAAUCCAUUGGUGGUACUUCAGUUUACUGAAACCGUUCACGUUUGGUCACUCUCCGUCCAACUCCGUUAACUUUUGCUGAUGUGGCAGUCAACUUUCAAAGUUGACUGUUAACUUAGUGACGUGGCAAUUAAAAAAUUAUUAAAAAUAAAAAAAAUAAACUUUUAUAUUUUCCACCUCAUUAUUACAUUCAUUAAAAAAUAAAAAAAUAAAAACCUAAUUUCUUAUUACAUUCAUUAAAAUGCAGGACGAAACAGUUCCGAUCGUCACAGGCAUUGGGAUCCCACCGCCGGAUUUGCUCCCUCAACGGAACCCAGCUCGGCGGAGGAGGAAUGGGGAAUGUGGUGGCUGCGGCGGAGAGGAUUUUCCGGUGCCCGUAUUGCUCAAAGGUGUUCGGGUCGGGUCAAGCACUGGGCGGACACAAAAGGUCACAUCUCAACGGCGGUGGUUCCUGCCCUACGCCAGCUGCCGCUCGUCCACCACCACCACCUCCGCCGGCUGCCAAAAUCGACAAGAACUACAGUUUUUUGGACCUCAACUUUCCAACACGGGUGGAAGACGACGAGUUUAGUGUGGUUUCUGAUGCUUAAGUUUCUCCAAACUGAAACCAAGGUGGAUGUUUUCGAUACACAAUACCAAUUUCUCGAAUCAAAGUUUCCAUCUUUAUGGUUCUGUAUAGUCUUUUCCAUGGUUGAUGUUGGCCCACAGGGUUGGAACUAACUUGGGUUCUGUAGAAUUUGGUGGAAGUGGGUCAAAUUCAUGAGUUGUAGCCAUAGAUAGGGAAACUGAACCCAUGAACCCAAUUCUCAUUUUGCCUCCAUAGAUGAACUUCAGAUGUUCUUCUGUUGUCUUGCAGACUACUAACUUGACAAUGUUUGGUUAAUCUUCAUUUGCUGUGCUGCUGCUGAAUGCUGACUACAAAUUUGUCUGAUUUGGAUUUGGGUCCUUUUGGUUUCUUUCGGAAAACUUCAUUGAAUGCUAAAGCUGGCUAAUGGGGCUUUGCUUUUGCUUUCAAACAGAUACUUACUUGCCUCCUCUCCCACAGAGCUCCUGAAUUCCUGACUCUUCCUUUCCUCUGUUUUUUUUUUUUAACUUUUCUUCAUGUGAUUUCUUGAUUUGAUUGGUUCUGGUUCAUGCUGUGUCAGUUUCGGCCGCUGCUGGAGCAUCGCUGCUCUGUCCCUCAGCGUCGUCGGGAAAUCGAUCUCGGUUGAACACCGGGUAGAAAACAGGAGAGACCAGUAUUUUAAUGAAUGUAAUAAGAAAUUAGGUUUUUUUUAUAAUGAAUGUAAUAAUGAGAUGGAAAAUAUAAAAGUUUAUUUUUUUAUUUUUAAUAUUUUUUUAAUUGCCACGUCACUAAGUUAACGGUCAACUUUGAGAGUUGACUGCCACAUCAGCAAAACUUAACGGAGUUGGACGGAGAGUGACCAAACGUGAACGGUUUCAGUAAACUUAAGUACCACCAAUGGAUUUAAAUAUUUCGAGUGACCAAACUUGAACGUUUUUUGUAAUUUCAGUGACCAACCAUGCAAUUAACCCGUAUUUUAUAUAUGGAUAAUUUGUAUUGAGAGAUUGAUAUUUGACUUUAAUUUUGAUAGCAACUUGUUAUUGUAAAUUUUUUAAGACAAAAACCUGUGGGUACCCAUGAACCCGCGGAUCCCCUGGGGGUUGAGUUGGGUUUGAGUUUUUCAAACCCAGUGGAUUUACCCGAAUUUUUUUCACGGAUAAACCCAUGAAUUUGGAUUUGACAAAACCCGACCCAUUGCCAUCCUACCUUCCUCCGUCCAACUAGCCAGGACCCACACUAGUUCUUUAGUAAAAGGCGAAAGAAUAGUUCGCUAUGUACUCAUUGCAAGGCUGAGUGAGAAGUAAAGGAUAACUUGAGUUUGUUUAUAUUGGCUACUGUGCAGAGGAAGGGGUGCUUUGGAGUCAAUGGCCGAUGUGGUAUUAAUCUUCCUUGGAUAGGUCUUUACUCUUUAGCCAUGAAUGAUAACGCAUUAUGUUUGUUGGGAUUUUCAUUACAGGCAUGAAAGUUUGGCUUCUGAUGUUUGAUUCAACGUCUCAAACAACAGUUUCUGAUCCUCUCUGCCCCCUCACCCCAAAGCAUCAGCGUAGAGACCAUUGGAUGGAAAGCAGACCGGAGGAAUGAAUGUCUGCAAUUAGA